AGUAAAACAUUAUAAUCAGAAACUAUUUGGUCCUAUGAAAGACCAGAACUUUCAUUGCAUAAAUGUUGAGGACAUAGAGGCUCCAGUCUUUAAGGCUCUACUUCAUUUCAUGUAUUGGGAUUCACUGCCUGACAUUGAGGAUCUUACUGGCAUCAAUUCUCAUGGAGCUGCCACUCUGAUGGCUCAGCAUCUGCUUGCUGCAGCAGAUCGGUAUGGCUUAGAAAGGUUAAAAUUGCUGUGCGAGGAGAGUCUGUGCAAGGAUGUAGCAAUUAACACUGUGGCAACGACAUUAGCUUUGGCAGAACAACAUCACUGUUUCCAGUUGAAAGCAGUGUGCCUCAAAUUCAUUGCGACACCUGGAAAUCUACAAGGUGAGUCUUUUAUAUCUCUCCAGUUUUGUUUAACUAAUAACUUAAAAUGAAUUUAGCUUUUAAAGAUGAAAGGUAAAUCAUCAUCCUCAGCAGUCCCAGAUGAGAUUGUUGAUGAUGAUUAUGGACGAAUUAAGUUGCUCAAGUGGAUUGUUGAAUAACUCUAAAAAGCUGUGCUAGAAAUAUAGUGUAAUCAAUCAUUGCAGAAUGGAGAAUCACUUUUGUAUGAGUUGCAAUGUUCUGAUAUUCAAAUUCCUGCUUUAUCUAUUGAUGUUUUGAUUUUGGAUUCAGUAGCA